UGGGCGGCUCGGCCAUGUUGAAAUAAGUCGCUCUCAUCCAAGCUCUCAGAGCGAAGGAACUGCAGCCCGCCAUUGUGUAGAAUCCAAGCUCUAUAGAGAGACAGGGCACUUGGCUAACUCUUAGAUAGACAUUUCGUAACCCUGCCGCAUUGAUUUAAAAAAAUAAUUUAAAUACGCAGGCUCCAGGGAGAAAGAAAUGUCAGCCAGCAGCCUUCUUGAACAGAGACCGAAAGGCCAAGGAAAUAAAGUGCAAAACGGGACUGUGACACAGAAGGACACGUUAAAUGAUGACGAGUUCGAGCCUUACCUGAACACUCAAACCAGACAGAGCAAUGCCUACACGGCCAUGUCGGACUCCUACAUGCCCAGCUACUAUAGCCCCUCCAUCGGAUUCACGUACUCCCUGAACGAGGCGGCAUGGUCUACCGGUGGAGAUCCCCCAAUGCCUUACCUGGCCUCUUACGGACAGCUCAGCAACGGGGAGCACCACUUCCUCCCGGACGCUAUGUUUGGCCAGUCUGGGGCACUGGGCAGCAACCCGUUCCUGGGGCAGCACGGCUUCAACUUCUUCCCCAGCGGCAUCGACUUCUCGGCCUGGGGCAGCAGCAGCUCUCAGGGACAGUCCACUCAGAGCUCAGGCUACAGCAGCAGCUACGCCUAUGCUCCCAGCUCGCUAGGGGGCGCCAUGAUCGACGGACAGUCUCCUUUUGCCGCCAGCGAGCCACUCAACAAGGCCGUGGGCAUGAACAACUUGGACCAGGGCAUGGCUGAACUUAAGAUCGGCGGUGGGGGCAACAUCGCGCCCAAAGUGGUGGGCUCAGGUCUCCCGGGGGGACCUAUGGGUCAGGUGUCGGGCCCCCCAACCGUGCCCCCGGUCUCCAUCGCCCCAGCCAAGCCAGCCUCAUGGGCGGACAUUGCCAGCAAGCCGGCCAAGCCGCAACCCAAGCUGAAAACUAAGGGCGGCCUUGGCGGGACAAACCUACCCCCUCCACCCAUUAAACACAACAUGGAUAUUGGCACUUGGGACAACAAAGGGACCAUGCCUAAGGCAUCCACCCCGCAGCAGAUCCCCUUCCCCAGCAAUGGGCAGCCGCCCAAUCAGUCCUCACCACAGCCUGGCACAACUGCAGGGGGGGCUCCUCAGCUCCCAAUGAGCAACGGGCAGCUGGUGUCUCCCCCCUCCCAUCUUGUCCCCCAUCUUCCCCCUAACGGGCAGCAGCCGCAGCAGGCCAUGGUGCCCCAGCAGCCUCUCGCCCAGCCCCCUACCGCCUCUCAAUCUUCCCAACCUACCCGCUGGGUGCCGCCUCGUAACCGUGCCAACGGGUUUGGGGACAACGGCGCUGGUCCGGGUCAGUCUCCGCCGAGCUCGGGAGCAGGCGGCAUACCUGGCAUGCCCUCCGAACCCCACCCUGUGCUGGAAAAGCUUCGCCUGGUCAACAACUACAACCCCAAGGACUUCGACUGGAACCCCAAGCAAGGCCGUGUGUUCAUCAUCAAGAGCUACUCGGAGGACGACAUCCACCGCUCCAUUAAGUACAACAUUUGGUGCAGCACCGAGCACGGCAACAAGCGCCUGGAUGCAGCGUACCGCUCACUGGGCGCCAAGGGCCCGCUCUACCUGCUCUUCAGCGUCAACGGCAGUGGGCACUUCUGUGGCGUGGCAGAGAUGCGCUCGCCCGUGGACUACAACACCUGCGCCGGCGUGUGGUCACAGGACAAGUGGAAGGGCCGCUUUGACGUGCGCUGGAUCUUCGUCAAGGACGUUCCUAACAGCCAGCUGCGGCAUAUCCGCCUGGAGAACAACGAGAACAAGCCGGUGACCAACUCUCGGGACACACAGGAGGUGCCUCUGGACAAGGCACGGCAGGUCCUAAAGAUCAUCGCGGGUUACAAGCACACCACCUCUAUCUUCGACGACUUCUCGCACUACGAGAAGCGUCAGGAGGAAGAGGAGAGUGUGAAAAAGGUGGAAGUUCAGGGUGGGGACCCCUACACCAGUAAUGCCAACAGGGCCCAUUACAGAAUGCAGGAUCGCCAAGGACGUGUCAAGUAACAGUCACCAUUUUGGGCAAAAGACUGUGAUGGCCCUACUUUUCUCCUGUCUGCUCCAGAUCUUUUCACAAAGUCUAAGGGGGGAAACGCCCAAGGAUUUAAAAAAAAAAAAGAAGACUCUUGAUUUCUGUUGACUUAAAAGACUUGGAACUUGUAGUAAAAGAAAAAGAGAAACAAUUAUUCAUAGGACUUCAACAACUUAAUAAUUCUAUAGGAUCCUUAGGUGAACCUCGUGUUUUCCUUUUUGUCCCACCCCUUUUCACCCUCCUGUUUAUUUUGUCCUAUGCUUUUUUCAGUUUUUUUGUUUUGUUUGUUUUUUAAGAAAUCAUCUUCAGUUUUUACAGUCCAAGCAAGGCAACACGUUGGCUGUGUCACUCAGAUCUAAAGAGGAGUUGUGUAGUGUUGGCUCACUACUGCCCCCCUCUGAUUGGACAGAUUGUCAUUUCUUUGUAACCCCACCGUCUCCCCAUUGGAGAUUGAAGUAACCAAUCCGGAAGCAGAGUUGGGUUUCUCAUCACAUUUAGUGGAUGUUGCAUCGUGGGUAAUUUGAACGAUAACCGUGAACAGUGUGAUCUUUCAAAAGUAACUUUAUUUUGUCCUUAUUUUGUUCCUGCAUAAGUCACAAGGCGAGGCGAAGGAAUUGCCCUUAGUUUAUCUUGUGUGAAGAGAGAAGGAAUUGGGUGAGUGGGACGGAUGGGUCGAAAGCAAAAGAUUUAAGUUGUCAUUGGUCAUUGUCAUUGUUUAAUUUGUAUGGUAAGCGAAAGGGGCCGUGUUGGCAGUCCUCUGAACUUUUAGUUUCCAUUUCCUGUCUCUUGGGGAAUUAAAAUCGUUGCUAGGGGUGCUCUUUACCUUCAUUUUUUUUGUUUGUUUUUCCUCCUCCGUUUCUUAAGUCUGCAUCGGGAUGGGCCUUGCUCCGAUUCUUUCUAUUAAUCAGUUCAACGUAAUAAACGUGUAUACCCAGCAGAACGUGUGUGUGUGUAUGUGUGCAUUCACCUUGUUUGUGUACUCGUCAUGCACUACAUUUUUGUUUUUCGUUUCACUCUGAAUAAUAAAUGAAUGCGUAAUAAUUCAAUAACAACUCCCUGUCUGUGUUCUACACUCGCUAACCUUCUUUACACCCGUUUCAUGUCGUCUCACGCUCACCUUUCUAACCACCAUUCUCAACCUUCAUUACUCUCUCCUUCCCCGUGGUAUCUUGUCGGUGCAUAGGUUGAUAAUUUAUAGGCAAUAUUGCCGUGUCCAAAAUAAAGAUGCUACGCAAAGGCA